UUAAUUUCUUUUUGUCUGUAUUUGGUCUUCGUUGCUGCACGUGGGCUUUUCUCUAGUUGUGGUGACCAGGGGCUACUCUUCGUUGUGGUGCGUGGGCUUCUCAUUGUGGUGGCUUCUUUUGUUGUGGAGCAUGGGCUCUGGGCACGCGGGCUCAGUAGUUGUGGCGCACGGGCUUAGUUGCUCCGUGGCACGUGGGAUCUUCCCAGACCAGGGCUCGAACCUGUGUCCCUUGCAUUGGCAGGCGGAUUCUCAACCCCUGCACCACUAGUGAAGCCCACUGUCAGAUGUUUUUGAUGUUAAAGUCCUUUGCAAAGUACGGCUCUUAACCUUAUCCUCAAGAACUCGGUGGUCUUUGAGGAUGUGGCCGUGGACUUCAAUCUGGAGGAGUGGGCUUUGCUGGAUUCUGCUCAGAGGGAGCUCUACAGAGAUGUGAUGCUGGAAAACUUCAGAAACCUGGCCUCAGUGGAGGAUGAGACUCAAUUUAAGGCCAAUGGGUCAGUUUCUCAGCAGGAUAUUUAUGGGAAUAAAAUAUCCAAGGAGCAUAAAAUAUCAAAGUUCACUGGAAAUGAUUCCUUGGCCUCCGUCUUAGGAAAAAUUUGGGAAGAACUCAGCCUUGAAGAUCAGCACAUAGAUCAAGGGAGACAUCUGAGAAAUCACGUGGUGGAGAGACUCCAUGAAAGUAAUGCUCAAUGUGGGGAAGGCUUCAGUCAGACUCCAAAUCUUAACCUGUACCAGAAAACUCUUACUGGAGUAAAAAGGUAUGAAUGCAGUACACAUGGAAAAGUCUUCACGCAUCAUUCAUCCCUCAAGAGUCACAUCGCUGUUUGCACUGGACACAAACCAUAUCAAUGUCAGGAAUGUGGGCAGACCUACAGUUGUCGUUCACACCUAAGGACGCACGUGAGAACCCACAGUGGAGAGAGACCCUAUGUGUGUAAAUUAUGUGGAAAAACUUUUCCUCGUACUUCUUCCCUCAACCGGCAUAUAAGGAUUCAUACUGCAGAGAAAAGCUAUGAAUGUCAGCAAUGUGGGAAAGCCUUCAUUGAUUUUUCAAGUCUUACUAGUCAUGUGAGAACGCAUACUGGAGAGAAGCCAUAUAAAUGUGAGGAAUGUGGGAAAGCUUUCAGUUAUUCCUCAACUUUUCGAAGACACAUGAUAACACACACUGGAGAGAAGCCCUAUAAAUGUAUGGAAUGUGGGGAAGCCUUCAGUUACUCCUCAACUUUUCGAAGACACAUGAUAUCACACACUGGGGAGACACCACAUAAAUGUAAGGAAUGUGGGGAAGCCUUCAGUUAUUCCUCGGCUUUUCGAAGGCACAUGAUAACACACACGGGGGAGAAGCCCUAUGAAUGUAAACAGUGUGGGAAAACCUUCAUUUAUCUCCAAUCCUUUCGAAGCCAUGAAAGGAUUCACACUGGAGAGAAGCCCUAUGAAUGCAAGCAAUGUGGAAAAGCCUUCAUUUAUCCCCAGUCAUUUCGAAGGCAUGAAAGGACACAUGGUGGAGAAAAACCCUAUGAAUGUAACCAGUGUGGUAAGGCAUUCAGCCACCCCUCAUCCUUUCGAGGACACAUGAGAGUGCACACUGGAGAGAAACCUUACGAGUGCAGGCAGUGUGGAAAAACUUUCAACUGGCCCAUAUCCUUGCGAAAACAUACAAGAACACACACUAAAGAGAAACCCUACGAAUGUAAGCAAUGUGGGAAAGCCUUCAGUUUGUCUGCUUGCUAUCAAGAGCAUGUGAGAAUGCAUCCUGGAGACAAAUCAUAUGAAUGCAAGCUCUGUGGGAAAGCUUUCAGUUGCCACAUCUCGUUACAAAGACACAUGAGAAGGCACACUGCUGAGAAGCUUUAUGAAUGCAAGCAAUGUGGGAAAGCCUUCAGCUGGCCUGAACUUUUGCAACAGCACGUGAGGACGCACACUGCAGAGAAACCUUACAAAUGUAAGGAAUGUGGUAAAGUCUUCAAAUGGCCCUCAUCUUUACCAAUACAUAUGAGAAUGCACACUGGAGAGAAACCAUAUGAAUGUAAGCAGUGUGGGAAGGCCUUCAGUUGUUCCUCAUCCUUAAGAAGACAUGUGAGGAUACAUACUACCAAGAAACACUACAUAUGAAACUCGGGAAAUCCUCCUGCAAAUGAAUUCAUGCACAGUGCUUCAGAAAAUUCACAUCAGGAGAGAAAUCUUACAAAAGUUGUAAACCUGGUAUUGCCUUUAUGAGUCCUUCAUCACUAAAGUGGACCCAUAGGGAGUGUAUUUCCAGUUCUUUUGCAAAUAAACAUUUAGAUGAAAAUUAACUGUUGAAGGACUCUUUUGGCUACAGUACGUAAAUUUUGCAGGAAGUAUUUUUUCUUAUGUUUUAGGAAAUAAAGCAUCUUUACAGUUUGUUGGACUCAUGGGUGAUUUGAAGUGUAUUUUUAAUAUAUAAGUAGUUUUAAUAUGUUAGUUCUUUAAAUUGUCCUUAAAGGGGUUAUUGGAACAAUGACAGUGUGGUAUUUGUUUGUAUUUUCCUACUGGCUUAGUGUGGCAGAUACUGGAUAAUCAACCAUUAUAUGUUUUCCACCAUGGAUUGAGAGAAUAUUUGUUUAUUUAGGCUAGUGGAAUCUUAUUCUGUUUUUCUUCUAAAUAUUUGGCAGAAAUUUUUAAUUAUGCAGAGUUCUUCCAAGUUUACAGUCUCAUGUGAAUUGUUACUUUCAGCUUUUGCCCUUCGCUUUGUCCUUGCUUGUGAUAGCGAAUUAAACAGUGGGUUUUUACUUAAGAGACACUUGUGAUGUGAUCAUGAGAUACAGAGUUCUGGAUUGUGUUACGUCAGCAUGGGUAAUGUUAGGAGCUACAGUUCCCAGAAUCCCUUCCCUUUAUGAUUCUGUGUUCGAAUUUACCAGUAGCCUAUUGGCAUGAGAUUUGGAAGGCAGAAAUAAAGCCAUUACUAAGUUUUUGCAGCCACAUUAAAGUAUGAGAGAGAGAUGCAUAGGGGCUACUUGGAAACCAGCUUUCAGCCCGUUUUCCUGAUUGUUGGCCUUACCAAUCAAGAGUAUCAUCAAAAGAAAUGCCAAGUACUUGAUUUCUAUUUUUCUCAGAGUUAUAGGCUUCCAUAAAUACCUCCAAGAGCUUGGUGUCAGGGAUUCAGUCAUGUGGUCAGGCACUCACAAUGUGGAUUUUCCUACAAACCCUAACAUGUCCUGCAGACCACUAAUUCAGACUCAUGUUUAGUGAUCUCUGAUGCUGUGAUUCCACUCUUCUCUAGAUGUUAACAUAUUUUACAAGGUCUAAUUUGUAUAGCAGACUCUUUGUUCUCAAAACUUUUAGUGACUCUCUGAUCGUGAUUCUACCACAAAAGCUACAAUGUUGUAGGAAAACAAAACAACCUGUGGGACUUUGUUAAGGUAUUGUAUUUUUUUCCUUUUUUCUUUUUUUUUUUUUUCCAGCUGCACCAUGUGGCAUGCAGAACUUCCCUGUCCAGGGAUCAAACCUGUGCCCUCUGCAGUGGAAGUGCAGAGUCUUAACCACUGCAUCACCAGGGAAGUCCUACUGUAUUUUUAAAUGCGCUGACUCAGUCCUACAUGAGAACAAACAUACUCCUCGUGAAUUUGGGGAGAUGUCUGUUAGAGCUGAAUGCAGUUCCAUGAUAUGGGUUUAAUUAUUAUGUUUGAUUUUAAGUCACUAAAAACAGUGUUUAUUUUCAAGAAAAAUCUUCUGUAGGUAUGUCUUAGAAAUAUCUUGUUUACUGUGUUUCCAAAUCACUUGUAUACAAACUGUAUUAGUUUCCUAGGGCUUCUGUAACAAAGCACCACACAGCUGGGUGGCUAGGGCAACAGAAAUUUUUGUCUCACAGUUCUGGAAGCAGAAGUCCAAAGUUAAGAUGUUGGAAGGACCAUGCUUCCUCUGAAAGUGCUAAGGAAGGAUGUGUUCCAGCACUCUCCUAGCUUCUGUUAGCUCAUUGGCUUGCAACAAGCAUAACUAAUCUUCUCAUGGGGGCUUCCCUCGUGGCACAGGGGUUAAGAAUCCACCUACCAACGCAGGGGACACGAGCCCUGGUCCAGGAAGAUCCCACAUGCUACAGAGCAACUAAGCCUGUGUGCCACAACUACUGAGCCCACAUGCCACAGCUGCUGGAGCCCAUGCACCUAGAGCCAGUGCUUCACAACAAGAGAAACCUGCGCACUGCAACGAAGAGUAGCCCCCGCUUGCUGCAACUAGAGAAAGCCCACGUUCAGCAACGAAGACCCAACGCAGCUCCCCCCCCCAAAAAAAAAUCUUCACAUGGCAUUCUACUUGUGCAUGCCUGUCUCUUCAUAUGGCAUUCUUUUUAUAAGGACACCAUACAUAUUGGGUUAGGGCCCAUCCUAUUCUAGUAUGACCUCAUCUUAACUAUAUCUGCAACAACCAUAUUUUCAAAUAAGGUCACAUUCUGAGAUACUGGAACUUUUAACAUAUGAAUUUUGGGGGGAACACAGUUCAAUCCAUAAUACAAAUGUUAUUAUUUUUCAUGUACUGAGAAUAUGUUAAAGUAUUCCAUUGCAAUUAUGGAUUUAAAUCAACUAAUAUUGCUAAUUUAAGCAUUAUACAGUCUGAGACAAUAUUAGCUGGCAUAUGCAAGUUAAGGUGGUUUUUGUCAUAUAAACAUUUUUAUUGUUACAUACUUCAACAUCUGUCAUUAAAUGGAUUGCUUAUUCUUUGUUAAUAAUAAAAGCUUAAAUAAUG